AUGCCCCGACGAAGAGGAGGAAGAAGUAGAAGAGGAAGAAAGGCGGGCAGGGGGGGUGGAAGGCCAAAGCAAGAAGCGACCGGCUCGCAGAAAACGUAGCGAGAUACCGCGCGAGAACUCGGAAGUAGGGGUCCGCGUGAGUAAGCGGGGUAGAGUGAUCAAGAAAAACGUAACCCUACAAGACCAAGGCUACUCGUAGAUUUGCAUGACUAUGUUCUCUGUUGUGCAGUGCUAGAUGCGGCAAUGGCAAGUUUGCAAGGCAGGUGGUUCGAUGUAUGGUUCUUGGCUGAGCUGUUCCGCUCAUUUCGAGCUUUGGUCGAUACUGUAUACUUUCGUAGAUACGAGACUAUCGUACGUGUGUGUGUUCCUCUAGCACGGCUGGGUGAGCAUGGGCGACCAUCGAUGACGAGCAGAUGCGGAAGGGGUAACGACACACUGUUCCGCUCAUUUCGAGCUUUGGUCGAUACUGUAUACGUUCGUAGAUACGAGACUAUCGUACGUGUGUGUGUUCCUCUAGCACGGCUGGGUGAGCAUGGGCGACCAUCGAUGACGAGCAGAUGCGGAAGGGGUAACGACAGCGAGGCAUGUUUGCCAUCCAUCU